AAGGUAAGUAAGGUCCUGAGACCUGAAUCCUCCCCCCCCAAAAAAAAAAAAAAAAAAAAAAAAAAAGAAAAAACAAAACCCAGAGGGACUCGGGGAGAGUUCAAAUGGAAGAGGGAUUUGCGUUCAACCUACUGGUUGUCCAAGCCUGGGACUGCAAGCUAUAAGUCUAUAAACCCAUUUUCUUAGAUACCCGUGGAUAGAAAAGCGGACUCGUCUCUUUUGGUCUCUCAAGCAUCAUGAGCAGCUCUACCAAAUCCAGAAACUUCCGCCGCCGAGGAGAGGAAUAUGAUGAUAAUAACGACGCUAGCACCAACGUUCACAGCUCAGCUGCCUCCCGUAAACCUUCUUCCUCUUCCUCUUCUUCCAAACCCAAGAAGCUUCUCAGCUUUGCCGACGACGAAGACGACGAUACCCCAUCUUCCCGCAUCUCCUCCUCCAAAUCUUCUUCUUCUCAGAAACCUUCUUCGCGUCUCACCAAACCCAGUUCUUCUCACAAGCUUACCGUCUCCAAGGACCGUCUGCCUCCUACCCCAUCGUCUACUACCUCCAAUGUGCUUCCCCAAGCUGGUAUUUACACCAAAGAAGCCCUUCUUGAGCUCCAAAAGAACACUCGCACCCUCGCUAAACCCACAUCUUCCGCCUUGAAGACUCCGUCAUCCUCUACUUCUGAGCCCAAAAUCAUUCUCAAGGGCCUUCUCAAACCCACCCAGGAAGACCCAGUUGCGCAAACCCUAAAACAAUCCCAACAAUUGGACUCUGAAGAAGACGACCAACAGCCAGAAGGCAGUGACAGGAAUGAUGCAGAAAAUAGAUUCGCGUCAUUGGGGUUAGGGAAGUCAAAUGAUUAUUCGUUGAUUCCAGAUGAGGAGACUAUCAAAAAGAUCAGGGCGAGACGGGAGCGGAUGAGGCAGUCGAGGGCAGCUGCUCCCGAUUAUAUAUCCUUGGAUGGAGGACCUAGUCAUGGAGCGGCAGAAGGCUUGAGCGAUGAAGAGCCUGAGUUUCGGACGCGGAUUGCCAUGAUUGGGAAAAAAGAGACCAGUAGCAGCGGUCACGGUGUAUUUGAAGAUUUUGACAAUGAUGGUGAUGACAAUGGUCGUAUCAAAGGAAUGACUGGUAUCACCGCUGCUAGAUAUCAUAAUAAUCAAGUUACCAUGGAGGAGGGCACUGGUGGUGUUGACGAUGAGGAUGAAGAGGACAAAAUUUGGGAGGAAGAGCAAUUUAGGAAAGGUCUAGGAAAGAGAAUGGAUGAUGUUUCUGGUACUACCAGGGUAUUCACUAGUAGUACCACUGCUUUGCUGCAAAAUCAGCAGCCACAGCAGCAGCAGAGACCUGUUAUGUAUGGUUCUGUUCCAAGCAUUGGAGGGUCAUCUGUAGCAUCUCAAGGUUCAGAUGCCUUGUCCAUACCGCAACAGGCUGAGAUUGCUAGGAAAGCUUUGCAGGACAAUGUCAGGAGGCUUAAGGAAUCUCAUAGUAGAACAGUUUUGUCGCUGGCAAAGACAGAUGAGAAUUUAUCUGCCUCAUUGAUGAACAUUACUGCUCUUGAAAGGUCUCUGUCUGCUGCUGGUGAGAAGUUCAUCUUUAUGCAAAAGCUUCGUGGCUUUGUUUCUGUUAUAUGUGAAUUUCUGCAGCAUAAAGCUCCUUACAUUGAGGAAUUGGAAGAACAGAUGCAGAAGCUUCAUGAACAACGUGCAUCUGCAAUUGUGGAAAGAAGAACUGCUGAUAAUGAUGAUGAAAUGAUGGAGGUGGAAGCUGCUGUAAGGGCAGCAAUGUUGGUUUUUAGUGAACAUGGGAGCAGUGCAUCAGUUGUUGCUGCUGCCACAAGUGCAGCACAAGCUGCAUUAGCUACUGCAAAAGAACAAGCUAAUUUACCAGUGAAGUUGGAUGAAUUUGGUAGAGACAUCAACCAACAGAAACGUAUGGAUAUGAAGAGGAGAGCUGAGGCUCGUCACCGUAGGAAAGCUCCAUUUGAGUCAAAGAGGUUGUCGGCUAUGGAGGUAGAUGGUAGUGAUCAGAAAAUAGAGGGAGAAUCAAGCACGGAUGAGAGUGACAGUGAAAGUGCAGCCUAUCAGUCAAACCGUGAUUUAUUGCUUCAGACUGCAGAUCAAGUUCUCAGUGAUGCUUCUGAAGAAUAUUCACAACUGUCUGUGGUUAAAGAAAGGUUUGAAAGCUGGAAAAAAGAAUAUUCAACAAGCUAUCGAGAUGCCUACAUGUCAUUAAGUGCACCUGCCAUUUUCUCACCAUAUGUGAGACUAGAACUUCUAAAAUGGGACCCUCUCCAUGAGGAUGCAGAUUUUUUUGAUAUGAAAUGGCAUUCCCUGCUGUUUAAUUAUGGUCUGCCUGAAGACGGAAGUGAUCUAAGUCCUGAUGCUGAUAGUAAUCUUGUUCCAACACUGGUAGAGAAGGUUGCGAUUCCUAUUUUGCAUCAUGAAAUUGCCCACUGUUGGGACAUGCUCAGUACUCAAGAAACAAAAAAUGCUGUUUCUGCAACAAGCUUGGUAACAAAUUAUGUUCCAGCUUCUAGUGAGGCUCUAGCAGAGCUGUUGGUUGCAAUCCACAUGCGUCUAGCUGAUGCUGUUGCUAACAUUACGGUCCCAACAUGGAGCCCGCUUGUGCUUAAGGCUGUGCCAAAUGCUGCACGGGUUGCAGCUUAUCAGUUUGGAAUGUCAGUUCGUCUGAUGAAAAAUAUUUGCUUGUGGAAAGAUAUCCUGGCAUUGCCAGUUCUGGAGAAGCUUGUGCUUGAUGAGCUUUUGUGUGGGAAGGUUCUACCCCAUGUUCGAAGCAUUGCAUCUAAUGUACAUGAUGCUGUUACAAGAACUGAAAGAAUCAUUGCUUCUUUAUCUGGUGUGUGGGCAGGUCCAAGUGUCACUGGAGACCACAGCCAUAAAUUGCGACCUUUGGUGGAUCACGUAAGGUCAUUGGGAAGGACAUUGGAGAAAAAGUAUGCAUCUGGUGUGACUGAAAUUGAGACCAAUGGACUGGCCCGUAGGUUGAAGAAGAUGCUGGUUGAGCUGAAUGAUUACGACAAUGCUAGGGACAUAGCUAGAACAUUUAGUCUUAGGGAGGCUUUGUGAAUCACGGGCAAUUCAGAGACGGAUCAACUUGCGUCAUGAUUUAAAGAAUUGUUGGUGAGGGCCUUGUAUAUAUUGACCUUCAGGGUGGAGGUAUGCUGAGCACGGAGGGGUCGUAUCUACAAUACUGAAGUUGAACUUUUAGCAUCUCUCUGGCGCAUUCUGCAUUUAGGAACUGUGAGCGAAAAUGUGGAAUGAAUUCGUUGAAAGCACUUUGAAAUCUUAAUCUCAUAUUCAGAGUUUACCAUGACUUCUAUUGAAUGGUUGGCUGUCCAGAGUCCAAACAGGCCUCACUCACAUGCUUUGCAGCGGGAGAUUGUAAAAAAUGUGUUUUCCAGUCUUGUAAAAUUUUUGCCGGGCAAUAUGUUAAUUCUUCUAUAAUUGCUGGGAAAUAUUAAAUACCCUUCUAAAACUAUAAUUUCAAUGACUUUUUUUUUUUUUUGAUUUUA